AUGGAAUUUAAUUCGAAACAUCGAAAAUUAUCAAAAAAUAAGAGCUUCGUUCGUACUCCUUCAUCAACUAAGCCCAGACUAACAAAAAAAAGAACUAUAGUAAAAAAACGAAAAUGUGUGUGUCUCCCGGAAAAUAUUUCAGUUGUAGAGUUUCCACCAAUUUGGAACGAACUGAGAUUAAAUGGCCAGCUCUGCGACGGUACGAUUGUGUGCAGAGACAUGAAAUCGAUUCGGGUUCAUCGAGCAAUUCUAUCAGCGGUCAGUCCAUAUUUUAAAGUCCUUUUUAUAAAUUCUUUGAAAAAAGGUGAAGCUGAAGAAAAGGAAAUAUUUGUAGACGUACCCAGUUAUUAUAUGAGCUUGAUAUUAGAUUAUGCUUACACAGGUACUUGUGCAGUAACAUCUGAUAAUGUUCAAUAUUUGUUGCCCUAUGGUGAUCAAUUUGAUGUUGUUGGUAUUGUCCAGCUAUGCUGCCAGUUCUUGUUAAAAGAGUUACGGCCUCAUAAUUGUCUGGGAAUUUUUAAGUAUGCUAGAUGUUAUUUUUGUAAUGACUUAGAGAAAAAAGGAAAACUUUUUAUAAGACAAAACUUUUCUAAAAUAUUAAAAGAGUGUGGUGAAUUUAAAUCACUAUCGUAUGAAGAAUUAGAGGACAUUUUACGAGAUGAUGAACUAAAUGUUCGUAAUGAAGAAGUUGUAUUUCAAGCAAUUAAAACUUGGGUGGAACAUGACUUAGAGAAUCGAAAAAUGUAUAUACCGUCAUUGUUAUCAUGCGUUAGAUAUGGUCACAUCAGUUAUAAAUAUUUUAAAUCAAAAAUCUUGCAAUGGCAGCCAGUAGUUGAAGAUGAGAAAUGCCAGGAAGCUCUUUACCCGGCAGUAGUAUUUUUAACUGUUUUGGAUUCAAGGCCGGAAACAGAGGCAGAUCUGAAUGAUCCGCUGGCAAGACCUCGGAUACCGUACGAAAUUUUAUUUGCCGUAGGGGGAUGGAGUGCAGGCAGUCCUACGAGUUUCGUUGAAACAUACGACACAAGAGCCGAUAGAUGGUUUCUUUCAAUACACAUGGAUCUAUCCCCUCGUGCAUAUCAUGGUCUUUGCGCCUUGAACAAUUUAAUAUAUAUGAUUGGCGGAUUCGAUGGCAGCGACCAUUUCAAUACAGUCCGAUGUUACGAUCCAGUUACGAAUACGUGGCAUGAGCGAGCUUGCAUGUAUCAGGCGAGAUGUUACGUUAGCGUUGUUGUUCAUGAUGGUCUCAUCUACGCUCUUGGAGGAUAUAAUGGUAGAACACGCAUGUCCUCAGUAGAACGCUACUAUCCCGAAAAAAAUCAAUGGGAGAUGACAACACCUAUGAAUAAACAGAGGUCUGAUGCUAGUGCAGCUUCUCUUGGUGGAAAGAUUUACAUCGUCGGUGGUUUCAACGGUCAAGAAGUGCUUAGUUCGGCGGAAGUAUUUGACCCCGAAACGAAACAAUGGAGUUUUAUCAGGUCGAUGCUCAGUCCGCGAUCUGGAGUCAGUUUAAUCGCGUACAGAGAUUCUUUAUAUGCACUUGGUGGCUUUAACGGCUACAGUCGUCUUAACACUGGCGAAAGAUUUUGUCCUCAACGUGGAGGUGAAUGGCAAGAGGUCACAGAAAUGUUUAGCGCUAGAAGUAAUUUUGCGACAGUCUUACUGGAUGACAUGAUCUUUGUUAUCGGAGGGUUUAAUGGUUCUACCACAAUACCACACGUAGAAUGCUAUGAUGGCGACACAAUGGAAUGGUACGAUGCGGCGCCAAUGAAUUUAACGCGGUCAGCAUUAAGCGCUUGUGUCCUAGCUGGACUGCCGAAUGCACGAGCCUUUUCCUAUCUCGCUAAGGCAGUUCCUGCCGCAGGAGCUGAUCAAGCACACCAUUCGUAA